AUGAGUAAACCUUCACUACCACCCCAGCUGUCAUUAAUAAUUAAAAAUGUGGAUCUCAGAGUGGGUUUUAGUGAACUGUCUACUGAUCUGCAAGCUAAUUAUCCAAGCGUGAAAAAUGUAAUAAGAAUGAAAAACAAAUUUCAAAAUGAAAUUCGAUUAGUUAAAAUAGAAUUAUUAUCCACACAAGAUCGUAAUCAGCUGCUAGCUCGGGGUAAAAUAAUGAUUAAUCACAUUAGCUACGACGUGGUAGAAUAUCUAGCACCGGCUAAUGUUUUGAUCUGUUCUAAAUGCAUGGGACUUGGGCAUUUCAAAAAGCAGUGUAAAGAAACAACAGAAACAUGUAAAGUUUGUAGACUAGCAUGCCAAGAUUUAAAAAAUCACCAAUGUACUCAACAGGCUAAAUGUUUGCAUUGCGGAGGGAAUCACAACUCAAAUGCGUUAAGCUGUCCUGUUGUUAAGCAGUUUAGAGCCGAUCUUACGAAAAAAUUGCUAUCUAAUAUUAACUCGUAUGUUCAACCUAAAUUAGUUCAACAACCAAUAAAUAAUAAUAGCAACUAUAUGCAAUAUCUAGCCAAUUUUCCACCGUUGCCACUUUCACAUUAUACACCUGUCACGAACCCAAAUAGUGUGAUCAUACAAAAACUUGACGAAUUAAAUAAUAAUAUGAUGAAAAUUAAUAACCGCAUUGGAGAAUUAGUAAGAAAAACGGAUAAAUUAGAAAAAUUUAUGGUAGAAAAAAUUGAAUCAGAUACGGAAAAUUUAAAAAGAAUACAAAUGACAGAAAUGAUAUCUGAAGCUAAUAAAAGGGAUAUUAGCUCUCUAUUAGAUACAGUACAUUAUAUGGCUCAAUUUUUGUUAAAAUUAAAUGUUGAUCAAAAUGGUCGCACUAACGAUGCGAACUUUAAAUAUAACCUAGAAAGACAUUGUACUCAGCUGGCUAAAUGUGUGGAAAAGAAAGGUAAUCCAAAAAAAUGA